AUGUCGGUUGGCCUAGUGGGCAGUGAUGCGGAUCGAGUGGAAGCCAUCCAGGAGAUUACCAGCUCGAUCGAUUCGCUGAUCAAGCUAUCGGAUGGAAUAUUUCGACGAUUAACAGAUCGUUUGGAUUCAUUCAAUCAAAAGGUCUCCACAAUCGAUGAGCAUAUCAAUCGAGUUAGCAAAAAAGUGGAUGCAAUCAGGAAUUCGGAUAAAUCAAUCGUGCUCUAUUCACCUGCACGAUUUCCAUGUGAUGAUCAACCCGAAACCUUCGCUGUUUUCGACUCGAUACGAGGUCUUCCACAUCAUCAGUUUGGCAAGGAUGAUGGUGUUGUGAGUGGAUCAGUCAGCUCUAAUCAGAAUAAAUCAGCAUCGAUCAAAGAAACGAUUGAAGAGAAAACAAAAUUCUACCAUGUGAACAGCUCGAGAAACCGGAAGAGUUUCAAAUUUGAUAGCGCAAUACCGGAAUAUGUGACGAGCGUAGACGAUUUACUGCUUUUCAAUACGUCACUGAAUGCGUACACAACAGAUCAGUACGUAGACCCGUUGGAUAACUCUCGAAUGAAAGUGCGUUCCUCAUCAAGGGCAGACUUGAAUGCUAUCAGAAAACUCGAAACAGUCGCUGAUGAGAAUUCGACGUUGGCAGUGAAUGUGAAGGAUCGCGAUGAUCCAUUGAAAUAUGAACCUGAACUCGGUUCAUUGCAAGACUUUGAUUUUCCCGAUAUUCUUCCGGAUCUGCCCGGUAUCCAUUCCGUUUCUUUUUUAUAUUAUUUCGCAGUUUAUUACAUUAGAUUGAUUGGAAUCUCACGAAAAUUUCCUGGUAUCGCAACUGAUGUAACCUUCUCGAGCGUCGCAUUUGCACCAAUUGCUCCAUCGGCGGUCGGAAUGGAUUUUGGUGGAGGAGAACCGGACUUGUUGAAUGCUUUGGAACCGUCAUCUGGAGUCUUAACCCAGCCCGAGAGCUUAGUGUCACGUCAACUAACAGCUCCGACAGUAUCAUCGAAUAGUGACGAUCAAGUGGUGAAUAAAGUGGAUUCAGAAUCUGCGUUGAGUACUGCGCAAGAAGGUGGCACUGCAAUACCGCCACCACCACCCCCUCCACCACCACAACUGCAGCCGACAUCCGGAUCUGGAUUGGAGCAAGUUUCUGGCAAUGUUAAGUCGGAGAUACCACCUGAGGCUGGAACUGGGGUUGGUCCACCGUCUUCUUCAAGUAUACCGUCAGCCCCUAUACCGCCACCUCCUCCCCCACCCCCUCCACCGCCUCCACCAGCAGCAGUUUCAUCUGCUCCGGUAGUACCAAAGCAGGCAAGUGCAUCAUCUCGUGCAAAUGAUGAUCGUAGCGAUUUGAUGGCAGCGAUACGAAGAGCUGGUGGCAUGAAGGGUGCGAAACUGAGAUCAGUCAAGAAACGGGAAGAAGAUCGAGCAGCAGAUGAUGUAUCUGCACUUCCCUCCAGCAAUACUACAGCUGUAGCUGGUGGCGGUGAUCUAAUGUCAUCGUUGGCGAAAGCGUUGGAAUUAAGGCGGAGAGGUAUCUCGGGUAGAGCAACAGACACGAAAACGUCAUCACAUCAGUCGAGUGGGGCAAGGAUUGAUGGAGCUUUGGCUAGGAUGAGUGCGCUCAUACCACCGCCACCGAAGGAGGAGAGUCAAGCGGAGAGACGGAACAGUGAGAAUGACGAGGAAUGGGGGUGA